UUUCUUGAACUGAAAUAUAAACCACACGUUGAGACAGCCGGUAAACUGUUUCUCCGUAAAAGUCUACCUAUUGUCCGUAACAACGUUUCAAUGCGGUAGGAUAAUGAUAUCGUCACCCCUAGAGUCGACAAUGGUUCGUUGCCGCUGUUCAACAUGCUGAUGUAUUUUGUAACAGUAGAGAGAGAGACGGAUCUACUGCGGCGGCACUGCAGGUUUGAGCUUGAACGGGUUUCGCAAGUUACGAAGGGGGUAGUUUUUGCAACACUAUGCUAGGAGAGUGGAGAGGCGGGACUAAGAAGACAAGUGUGUGACCCUUCUCUGUGAUUGGUGGACAGAGAUUGAUGGUUGACAGACGGACGGAUAAAGAGAACGGGACAGACCGCAGAGAGGAGAGACGGGGAGAGAGAGAUGGCUCACAGUGUCAACUUUGACCUGACUGCUGAUCACAUGGAGGCUGGCCUGGAGAGCCCAGCGGAUGAAGAGGGGGUCCAUGACUCCUUUAACCAGCUGAUAGAGGAUCAGAGACAGGAAGCCUUGGAGCUGCAGGAACUACAGAGAGACCUGGACGAGGAGGAACGAGACAGUGUAGCGUACCUGUCCAGCCCUGGUCAGGAGAUAUGGCGUGGGAGCCCGGGGAGGGGUGAGGAGGAAGGGGGGGGACAGUUAGACCCCCUUCUAGAGGAACGCUGGUCCUCCGCCACCCUCAAAGUCCUCUCCUCCAUGCCCAGCCGCACCAUCGGUCGUAGUCGAGGUGCUAUCAUCUCUCAGUACUAUAACAGGACCAUGAAGUUGAGAAGACGCAGACAGAGCAGGCCUUCCAUAAAGGACUUUUCCCGCUCCGCACGGCCCAGUAUCCGUGGUUACGGCAUGGAGACAGACUGCAUGGAGACCGAGGGCGUGGAUGAGGAGGGGCGUAAGCGUGACCAACUGGUCAACAACCUUCAGAACCUCUCUCUGAGUGACCGGGUCAGGAUGCUGCGAGCCAUGCCUCUCUCUGUGGCAGAGAAGAGUGAACUAAGGAGGUUGGCUGACAGGAAGGGUCGACGCUCCAAUCACAGUCAGAUCCCCUGUUGCAGCCAGCUCAAGUAUCACAUCAUCAUCGCUCUGAGACAUAGCUGGUACAGUUGUCUCUCCUUCCUCCACUCCCUACAGCUGUGGCAGGUGGCGCUGAAGAGGGUGAGCGGUCGUUUCGGCACCGGCGUCCUCUCUUACUUCCUGUUCGUCAAGACCCUCCUCUUCUUCAACAUCUUCCUGUUCCUGGUCACGGGUUUGUUGCUGGCCGUGCCCCAGGCAGUACACCCCCCCACAUUAACCCAGGGACACGAAGCCUUCUCUGGGCUGGAGCUGCUCACUGGAGGGGGUUAUUUCUCAGACUCAGUGAUGUACUAUGGUUACUAUAGUAACUCUACCCUGUCUAAGGACUGUAGAGUCACUAGUAGCAGUAUGGAGCAGCAGCCCAGUCCCUCUGUAUCUAGAAGGACAAUGGAAACAGACUGUGGAGUGAAGCCGUCCUACAACAUGCCCCUGGCUUACUUCUUCACCAUAGGACUGGCUUUCUUCAUCACCUGCAUCAUCCUCGUCUACAGCAUGUCCAAGUCGUUUGGUCAGAGUUUCCGUAUCGACAAGUCACAUGGUAUCCUGGCGAUGAAGGUGUUCUGUUCCUGGGACUUUAAAGUCAUCAAGAAAACCUCCGUCAAACUCCGGUCUGAAAACAUCUGCAUUCAACUCAGGGAGUUGUUAGAGGAGACGAGUCGUAAGCAUGUCCAGAAGACUGCGUGUCAGAGAAUAGGACGUGUGCUGGUACAUGUUCUGGCCUGGUUCAUCUGUAUCGGCAGUACAGUGGCCUGUGUUCUAGCUCUCUACUACUUCUCUGAGUACAUGCACAAGGACCUCCAGUACAGAUCUCGUAUUCCCACUAAGGACCCUCUCCUGAAGGAAGCCAGUCUGUUGGCCCUGCCAGUCGUAGUGUCUCUCAUCAACCUCCUGCUCCCUGGCAUCUUCAACGCUACUGCCUGGAUGGAGGAGUACGACUCGCCCAGCGUAAACACAUACAUCGCCAUCAGCAGGAACCUGAUGUUGAAAGUGAGCGUGCUGGUAGUGCUGUGCUUCCAUUGGCUGGGCCGGAUCGCUUCUGACCCCCACAGCAUCGGCCUGCAGUGCUGGGAGAGUUUUGUAGGACAAGAGCUGUACCGCUUCCUCCUCAUGGACUUUAUCUUUACCAUACUGGACACCUUCUUUGGAGAGUUCCUCUGGAGGUUGUUUUCUCAGAGGGUGUUGAAGAGGAAAAGAAAGCCUGUGUUUGACAUCUCCAGGAACGUGUUGGAACUCAUCUACGGACAGACACUGGCCUGGUUGGGGGUGUUGUUCACUCCUCUGCUUCCUGCUGUACAGAUCAUCAAACUACUGCUUCUCUUCUACAUGAAGCAGACUAGUGUGAUGAUGAACUGCCAGUCUCCUAGGAAGCCCUACAGGGCCAGUCAGAUGAGCACCAUCUUCAUCACUCUCCUCUGCUGCCCUUCCUUCCUGGGGGCUGCUGUUUGUGUCAGCUACACUAUGUGGAGUAUCCGUCCGUCUGAGUCAUGCGGUCCGUUCCGCAGCCUGUCCACUAUGUUCCAGUCAGGGAAGCUGUGGGUGAAGGAGUUGGAGACACACAACCCUAACCUGGCCUGGUUAGCCUGGGCUCACAGUUACAUAGUGGAGAACCCUCUGUUUCUGUUCCUCGCUGCUGGGAUCUUCCUGAUAGUGAUUUACUUCAACACCCAGGUGGUGGAUGGACAGAGGAAGAUUAUCAGUCUGCUGCAGGAGCAGAUAGAAAACGAAGGGGAGGAUAAGAAGUUCCUGAUCACUCGUCUCCAGGCCAUCCACCAGCAGAAACGACCCCUCUCCCCUCGCAGACUCACCAGUCAGGCCAGUCAGGAUUCCAACUGUUAGCAUUCCAACUACUGAAAGGGCAUUCUCUCCCUUCUCAUUGGAGGGAAUAUCUCAGAAAAUGUCCUGAAUGGACCAACCUGGAUGUAGCUCUCCUCUGCUGCCUCUGGGAAGAGUUGUUAAGGAAUUCUUCAACUGGAAAACUAUUCUCAUAGGAUGUCCUCUUUCCCAGGAAGCUGAGUUGGGACUGGGACUAUAAAGGAAUUUACUUCUUUACAAUAACAAAUCCCACAGACGCCAAAACGUGAAUCUGAUAGGAUCCACACUCUUUCCCAGGAAGCUGGUCCUUAUAAGGAUUGGGAAUAGGAUUGGGACAAAGCAGGCUUUCCCUCUUCCAAUAACAGACUACACUUCAUAGGGAAAGACCACUGUCUUUAUAGGAUCUUACUAUGGCCAAGCCAUAGGCUACAACUUACUGUAACUAGGCAACAUCGGAAAGACCACUGAGUUUUUAUGAUCUUACUAUGGCCAGGCCAUAGGCUACACCUUACUGUAACUAGGCUACAUAGGAAAGACCACUGAGUUUUUAUGAUCUUACUAUGGCCAAGCCAUAGGCUACAACUUACUGUAACUAGGCAACAUCGGAAAGACCACCGAGUUUUUAUGAUCUUACUAUGGCCAGGCCAUAGGCUCCACCUUACUGUAACUAGGCUACAUAGGAAAGACCACUGAGUUUUUAUGAUCUUACUAUGGCCAAGCCAUAGGCUACAACUUACUGUAACUAGGCAACAUCGGAAAGACCACCGAGUUUUUAUGAUCUUACUAUGGCCAGGCCAUAGGCUCCACCUUACUGUAACUAGGCAACAUCGGAAAGACCACCGAGUUUUUAUGAUCUUACUAUGGCCAGGCCAUAGGCUCCACCUUACUGUAACUAGGCUACAUAGGAAAGACCACUGAGUUUUUAUGAUCUUACUAUGGCCAGGCCAUAGGCUACACCUUACUGUUUAUUCUUCAUGUAAAUGAAAGGACAUGCCACUGUCACAAAACAACGGUUUAUCGAAGCUCAAUACUUUCAGCCAGGGAUCUUUGUCCUUUUUUAAACUUGGAUUGGAAGCCCUGGUCAUGAGAGAGGAUUGGAGGGGUGAAGAGGUGAGGAAACGAGACUGGGAUACGGUGUGCUUGUAGGGACACAGAACGGAAUGCGCUUUUUUAGAAACAAUGUGUUUUUCCCCUCACAGGAACAUAUCAAAUGCCAAUAAGCUGCCAACAAAGGGUUAAAACAGUGGCGUUGUUAAGCAGGGUGAAUUCUGUGAAAUGUAGCAUUUGUAUUUUUAAAAAAAUUGUAAAUAGUAUGAUUUUUUAAAAAUUCCUUUUAGAUGUUUUUAUUGUAUAAACUGGUAUUUUGUCAACAGCCCUUUCAUACCAACUGUGAACAGGUUAUUUCUUUCCGUUUCUGAUAUAAAAUGAUUUUGAUAUGUUUUUAAUGUUAAUUGGUGGUCACCACACUGCUUCUGAAAUGGCACUCUUCCCUACAUAGUGCACGACUUUAUAGGGCGCUGGUCGUACGUAGUGCACUAUGUAGAGAAUAGGGUACCUUUUUUGGACGCAUCCUAUGUUUACUGUCUCUGUAGGAAGAAUCCACCUCUUAGUAUCGGGCGAUCUGAUUGGUUCGUUCAAACAGGAAAUGGUCUUAGAAGAUCAACCACUGGAUCAGUACGUUAUUUGAAUGUCUCUUAUUGUUUUUAAGUUGUUUUGUUUGUAUACUUUAUACGUAAUUAAAUGUUUUUAACA